UCCAGUAUAGCACCCAAAAAUAUCAUCCCUCAAUCGAUUAUCAUUAUUUACAUGAAUAUAUUAAUUAAUAAAUGAUUAAUUAAAUUCAAACUAUUUUCCCGAUUGAUAUUUAUUCUACUCUUUAUAUAUAUAUAUAUAUAUAUAAAAUAUACUUUAUAUAUAUUUGGUGCAACAUACUUUAUUAUUUGUCGUGCGAAAAGCAAGUCCUUUUAAAGAAGCAGUACUCCUAACUCUUCGUCACCGUCUGAUCUUCACAUCUGCACUUCUCUCUCUUUCAACUUCAAAUAUUGAACAUUCUCUUGCUGUUGUCUCUGUCAGUUGCUGGUGGAGGUUGCCGCCUCCUCUCUCUCUCUCUCUCUCUGUGUCGCUCAAGUGAAACCCUUUCUCUGUGUCUCUCUCUUACGAUUAAGCAUAUAGCUUGAGGCAUUAUCCGCCUCCCUUUUUUGGCGCAAAGCUUUUCCAGCAAUCAAGCUUCCACUUAACAGAUAAAGCAGAAAGAGAGAGAGAGAGAUAGAAAGAUGUAUUAUUAGGGCAUGUGUGUGUUUCUACUCAUUUCCGUUUCUUUGCUUCUUAUUUAACCCUAUUUCUCUCUCUCUCUCUCUUCUCCCAUUUCUCUUCCUUUCUUUUUUCUUUUUUCCUUUUCUUUGCCUUUUCUCUUCCUCGGGAUCUGAUUUCUCUUUCUUCUCUACUCUCUCGAUCCUUUGUACAAACACUUGUUGGACUUUACUUCAAUUCCCGAGGAACACUUUUUAUUCCAUCUUUCUUGUUCCCUUCCUUUCUGGCGUUCUCUUUCUUUUUUUGUCUGGUUCAGUAGUUUUUCACAAAAGUUGAAAAAAGACAGUGAUAGAAGCUGCAGCUUAAAGUGUUUCUUGUCUUUAAGUCGAUCGGAAGCAGAUCUAAAGCAGGAGUUUUCACUCGGUUAGGGUAUUACUCUACGGACGAUUGUCAAGGUUCUUAGUUCUUGUGAAAGAGUAUGAAUGCCUUUUCGCAUGUUCCCCCAGGCUUUAGAUUCCAUCCAACGGAUGAGGAACUUGUUGAUUACUAUCUCAGAAAAAAAGUAGCUUCAAAAAGGAUUGAUCUUGAUGUUAUCAAGGAUGUUGAUCUUUAUAAGAUUGAGCCAUGGGAUCUUCAAGAGUUAUGCAAAAUUCCAGGAACUGAAGAGCAGAAUGAAUGGUAUUUCUUCAGCCACAAAGAUAAGAAAUAUCCGACUGGAACUCGAACUAAUAGAGCAACAAAAGCUGGGUUCUGGAAAGCUACAGGAAGAGACAAGGCCAUCUAUGCGAGGCAUAGCUUGAUUGGCAUGAGAAAAACCUUAGUUUUCUACAAAGGUAGAGCUCCAAAUGGACAAAAGUCUGACUGGAUCAUGCAUGAAUAUCGACUAGAAACAAAUGAAAAUGGAACUCCUCAGGAAGAAGGAUGGGUAGUGUGCAGGGUUUUCAAGAAAAGAAUGCCAACAGUGAGGAAAGUUGGCGAGUAUGACUCUCCCUGUUGGUACGAUGACCAGGUCUCAUUCAUGCCAGAACUUGAUUCUCCAAGGCGAAUAACUCAACCUUAUGCAACAUUCCUUCAUCAUUAUCCCUGCAAGCAAGAGUUUGAAUUACAGCAAUACAGUAUACCUCAUGACCCUUUCCUCCAGCUUCCUCAACUAGAGAGCCCUAAAGUUCCACAGUCAGCUGCCAGCGCGAAUUGCGGCUCAGUAGUUCCAUAUGGUUAUGACAGGAACAAUGGGAGCACCUUGCAGUCCUCAACUCUUACACAGGAAGAACAAGUUCAACAAACCCAUCACCAAAAUUUGAACUCAAUUUACCAUAACAAUGGUGAGCAAGCUGUAGAUCAAGUAACUGAUUGGCGGGUUCUUGACAAGUUCGUCGCGUCUCAGCUGAGCCAUGAGGAUAAUGCUUCCAAGGAAGGCAACUACUCAAAUGCCGCCGCGGCAGCCUUUCAUGUGGCCCAGCAGAUGAAUUUGCUUGCUAAUGAAUCAAAAAGGCCUGAACUUGUGCAGGAAUACGCCUCGACGUCCAGAUCAAGUUGCCAAAUUGAUCUAUGGAAAUGAUCAGAGAAUAUACAUAUAAAUAUAUAUGAUAGUUACUAGAGGAUGCAUACUAAUUAAUUAUAGGUAUUACAGUUUAUAUGAUGAAAAGACUUCUUGAUGAUGAUCAAAGAGGCUGUACAUAAUAAAACUAAAAUGGUAUUUGCAUUAGCUGCCAUUGGACUUAUUGUGUCCAUCAUAUCCAUUGGACUUAUUGUGUCCACUGGAUAAUAUUAUAUAUAUAUAUUGAUGAUAAGUAGAAGGAUCUACUAUAUAGAGUACAAAUUGCAAAACGCAAAUAAAUUAGUACUCUGCGUAUGAAUUGCUAA